AUAAUUCCGUUUAACAAAUAAUGCUAGUUGAUUCAUUUAACAGUCCUCAAUUUAUUAAAGCGGCAUAUUAAGUUAUAAAUCGUGUGUUAGUACGAUUUGUCGUUCCUGUAUUGUGGAGUUUGUGACUCGUGAAUCGAUCAGAGAAUCAGGAAAUGAUCACGCGAUACGAUAUCAAUGAAUAUUCUAUUCGCGGAAACGAUAGGAUCGUAAAAAUGUGAGCACAGAGCUGUGAAUUAUAGAUCGUCGCGUUCUCGCAGUUUGAAACGGUGAAAACGCGACCGAAUUUUAAGCACGGAAAUGAACCUGCUGCGAACGAUUAUCAACGUGUGUGUAUCGUGCAAAGGUUGAUAAAGAAGUAUAGAGAAAUAAAGAAAGAAAAGAAAGAAGGGGCUCCUCGUGCGCGACAAGCUCGCGUAAAACGAAACGAAGAUAGGCGGUUCGGUGUUGCUUGAGAUGGACUCAGUGGCGGUGACAGUGCCCCUUCGUCAGCCGACGAAGAAGAUGAAGAAACGAAAGGAGCUCGAUGCCUUGGCGCCUCCGCAUAUUGUUUCCCGCCGGAGUUCCGGAAAACGUAGCUCUCAAGAGUUACUAUCAGAUAGCAGCGACGAACGGUCGGAAUACUGGAAUAUAUCGACUAGAAAUGGCCGCAAAUGCAGAGGCAGACGAAGUCGAGCUUGUCCUGGAUUUUUUAAAGCUUGUAGUGCCUUUCUGGCUUGUGCCUCUGUAUUAGCAACCGCUAGUUUAAUUUGGCUGUUCAUCGACGUUCGUCAGCAACUUACUGCUCUACGGACCGAACUGGACCAAGUUAUAGCCGGUAGCGAAGGUGUUCCCGAUGCCCUGCAAAAAUGUCACUCUCUGUCGAGAGAUCUUCAGAACAACCAGAGCAUUAUCUUCACUCAUUUAUCAGAUCUCAAGCUUCAAAUCAAUAAUUUUACAACACAGCUAGCACUUAUUCAACGUAUUAUGCAUCAUGCAAAAGGUUGGUUCAACGAGGGCCCAGCAUUAUUUAAAGUGCAAGGAGAUUUGAAGGACCUUUCCAGUAGUGUGGUGUCAUUUGGGAGUCAAAUACAAGAUCUGAGUAGUACAGUAACAACAUUGAAAGAAUCAAAUGCUAGAAUACAAGAUGUCCAAACAACAAUACAACAGAAUGUUACCAGUAUCAAGAACACAGUAACAGAAUUGUCAAAUAUUACACAAAAGCCUCAGAUAUUGAUUACAAAUGAGACAAAGAUAAAGACUGAACAAUUGAAUGCGACAAUCAUACAUUUAUCUGAUAAAUUGAUGGACAUCAAUGAAACAUUGUCGAGAACUGUGCAAUGGGUGGCAGAAGAUCAGAAGAAAGAUCAUGACAAACUGGUAUUGCUUCAGGAAACCACUCAAAAUGUUAGCAUGAAGGUGAUAUCCUUAGAAAGAGAGUGUGUGAAGACUACCAUACUACAAUCUCUUAAGGAACUGGAUACUCAAGUGAAAGAAAUUCACACAGCUAACGACGAAAUUAGCAAGAAAAUGAAGCAAUUAGAACAAUCAUACGAUAGUUUAAAAAAUUCAACGAGCUUGAUGUUGGCGGCGAUACCGGAUAUCCAGACCCAAAGGCUGAUCAAGACGAAGAUUUUGGAGGAGUCGAUUGGUGACGUCGCGACCACGGAACAAGAUCGCAGUGUGUUAGUAUCAGAUGAGGCGCCGUCGAAACGCUUGAGGUCAGAUCCGUAAAAUGUUUCUAGAGGAAUUUAUAAUAUGGUGAUGUUCGAGUGAGCUUUCAUCUUGUACGAUAGCAAGAGCGAAUCAGCUGUUUCCUAGGAAAAACAUAAGGAGACAUUGCGCGUGUGUAUGUUGUAAAUAUUAAAUAAAUUAAGUACGUUGAGAAAUUCCAUGUAUAUAGAGAGGUAAAUACUUAUGACUUGAAUCAUGUGAUCUCUCUUAGUCUCUGUCCCUAAGUGUGCACAGAAUGAUCUACGAGGAUAUUUAAGUGGAUUAUCCUGUUGUAUAAAAGAAGGAGAAGAAAAAAAAGAUAAUGUCUGAAAACUGAGAGCUAUUUAUAAACGAGCAAUAAGAUAUACGUUGAAUCGUCUAGUACGUACUGUCUAGGUCGAAUACCGUGUGACAAAUGCCAAUUUUUAAAGCACGCCACGGCCUGUAAUGCGGCUACCUGACUUUAUUCAGAUACACCAUCGAAAAAGUACAAAGAGCGUUUACAUUUGUUCUUGCGUUACAAAACAUAGACGAGGAAACAAAAAGGAGGAAUAAAACGAAAAUAAGCCAAAAAAAAGAAGAAAUAAAAAAUUUAGAAGGCGUAUAUCCAUACUACGAUGUCCACUAAUUCGCAAUAAAGUUUUCUACUCUUCUACUAUUUAUAGCGCAGCAUAGUCUAUCGAUUUGCCAAAUGUUAGAGAGAUUCAACAAUCUACGAACAUUCUACACGUUAACGAUUGAUUUCGUUUUCGUUUAUUCAUAGAUUAUUCAUUUUUUAGUAAUGACAUAUUGUACAGAGUGUUCAAAACUAAAAGUAUGGUGGAAGCGUACUGUCCAUGCCUCACCAGAAAGUUUGUUUAGCCAGUAUACAGUGAACAAAACGCAUUGUGUAGGAUUUUUAUUCAACCUAAACAAAAAAGUAUAACAAAAUGGUAAUGUUGUACUUUCAUGUUUGUUUAUUUUCCUGUGCAGGGUGAUCAUUUUUAUCAUUUUUAAUUUUAUUUAUAAGAAAAGGAACUUACAGAUGAUGUUAAACUAUUCUUAAAGUAAAUAAGUAGAUAUAUGCGAAGAAUAUUUUAAGGCCAUUUAGAUUUUUUAAACAGUAUCUUGAAAGAGUCUUAACAUUUCUGUAUUUUAAUCUACAUACAGUGGCUCAUGAAGAUAUUUGAACAUUCAUCACAAAAUAUUUUUAUGUACAUAUUAUGUGUAUUAUAAAACAUUUUGAUAUCUCUUUAUCACUGCAAUGAGAUCCAACUAUCAUGAUUAUAUUCAAAAUGUUCAGUAUAAUACACAUAACAUAAAUACAUCAUAAUAUAUCAAAUAUUUCUAUAAAUAUUCAAGUACCUCCCGUGAGUCACUAUAUCUAAUGUUUUACCGUCCAUCUUGAUUUCUUUCGAACAUAUUUUGCAAGGUGCGUUCAAUUACGUGUAAUUUAAUGGAUCACCUUGUAUGAGAUAAUGUAAAUGUACUGUAAUCCGUAAACAGUUUGUAAUUAGCGUUAUUAUAUUUUAAACGCGCUCUAAACUCAUUUGUGUUAUGUAAGAGGUGAUACACGCUAAGUUUCGACUUUUCUCUGCGUUUGAAUGUUGUAUAAUGAUUUUACGCGCGUAGCCAUUUCUGGUGGACUGUAGCAAUUGUGAAUAUAGCGUAUCUAAACGAGUGUUCGUCCGGUUUAGCGAAGAACGAAACAACCUAUUCACAGGUGGAAAUGGAAGGUAAGAAAGGAAUAAUAAUGACGAAUUACGUGAGGAAGUUGUAUGAAAUUGGUAUGAAUGUAUAAAGAGAAAAACAACGCGUGUAAACGACAAUACGUCGAUGUGUGAAUAAAGAAUUGAUUAUUCAGAUUCAA